AUGUGCACCACCCUCCUGCUCCUCGGCACGCUGGUCAUGAUGCUGCGGCGCCGCUUCUUCAACAAAGUCGAACCGUACGUCCUCUCCUGUCCCCUUCCCGUCCCCUCGGGGCCCCGGGGCCGGGAGGCCCCGCUGUGCCCCGCAGCCAGCACCAAGCACAUCCCGGCCUCGGCACAUGCUGAAACCCCCGGCAAAACAACCCGCGACACCGACCCGCACGCUGAUGGACCCACACCACGCCAGCUCGGGGGGCACCAGGGUUAG